CCGCCCCCCUGCUGGGCGGCCCAUGAGCCCGUCGAUAUGCUGGUUUGAUGUUGGAUGGAAAAUUAGAACCCCCCACAACAAACGGAGGGCUGGAACAGAGAGACUGGAACAGAGACAGAGAGGAUAGAAAGAGAACAACCAUCGACAGAUGGACUCUGUUGUGAUUAAAGAUGGCGUCAGUCUUCACUGCAGACUACGAAGGACUGUAUCCGAUCAGUAAAGAAGUGGUGGGAGUUGUCUUUGGUUCUUGUCAUCAGAACCAUGAAGAACACAGUGUGGUACAUCAGCAGGAAGAAUUGGACUGCACAGAUAGACUCACACAGCAACGUUCUAGUCCAGUCAGUUCGUUCCUUUUGUGGGAAAUUAGACUGGCGUUCUUAUUAUUGCAGGAUAAUGCAUUAAAUAAGAUUACAAUGGAAUUGAAAAUGAUAGGAUUCAGACCUGGAGGAUGCAUGAAGAUGACAAUCAAACUCAAGGAGCUUUUUCAGAGAAGCAUAACUAGAAUACUGGAUCCAACAGUUGUGCAGCGUUGGCACCGCAGGGUUCAUGGAUGCUGGGACUAUGAGCAUCAGCGACCAAAGGGGCUUCAUCUCAGACCUGGGAGGCAGCUUCACUGAGGAUGCUCCCAGACCUCCAGUUCCCGGGGAGGAAGGAGAGCUGGUGUGUGAUGAUGGUCGCCAGCACGGCAACCUCACCUCCUUCUCCAAGAGCGAGGGCGCCAAAUGUGAGGCGUCUGUGGCCACGCCCAGGCGGUCAGACCUGGAUCUGGGCUUCGAGCCAGAGGGCAGUGCUUCUCCAACACCACCCUACUUAAAAUGGGCAGAGUCCCUUCAUUCUCUCCUGGAUGACCAGGAUGGCAUCCUUCUGUUCGGGAAAUUUCUCAGGCAAGAGGACUGCGCAGACAUGCUGGACUUCUGGUUUGCAUGCAGUGGCUUUCGCAAACUGGAAGCCAGCGAGGGGAACGAGGAGAAGAAAGUAAAACUGGCGAAAGCCAUCUAUAAAAAGUACAUCCAGGACAACAAUGGAAUUGUCUCCAGACAAAUCAAACCAGCUACCAAGUCUUUCAUCAGAGAUUGUUUGAUGAGGCUUCACAUUGACCCUGCAAUGUUUGACCAGGCUCAGACUGAGAUACAGAGCAGGAUGGAGGAAAACACUUAUCCUUUGUUCCUUAAAUCUGACAUAUAUUUGGAAUACACACGGACAGGAGGAGAGAGCCCCAAGCUGUGCAGUGACCGGAGCUCUGUUUCUGGGAAUGAAAAGGGACUGUCAGGGUAUUUACCAACUCUAAAUGAAUAUGAGGGGCCAGAGGAGACCGAGCGUGACCUCACCCCAAGCAGCCAGCUCACUCAGAAGCUGUUGAUGGAGACGGUACCCCAGCAAGCUGCCAGCAGUGCAAAAUUCCAGGACAGCCAGGAGAACAGGCAUGGACAGUGUCGAGACUCCAUCAACCCGUACUACGUCAACAUUGGUCAUGUUCUGGCCCCAGCCCCCAGUGCCAAUGACAGCGAGCAGCAGAGCAUAUCCAGUGACGCAGAGACACUUUCUCUCACAGACUGCAGUGUAAAUGGUGCUCCACCAUACCGAUACCGCAAACACCCUCGCCGGGAGAUGCAUGAGAGUGCCAAAGCAAAUGGGCGAGUGCCACUACCUCAUUUUCCACGCACAAACCGGAUUCCAAAGGACAUACACGUGGAGCCGGAGAGGUUCGCUGCAGAGCUGAUCAAGAGGCUGGAGGGCGUCCUGAGGGAGAGGGAGGCCGAGGAGAAACUGGAGGAGAGGCUGAAAAGAGUCCGACUGGAGGAAGAAGGAGAUGAAGUUUCCUCCCCCUCAUCAUUACCCAGUCAAAGAUUCCCACCUAGUGCUUAUUCACUGAAUUACAACCCCCGCUAUGCUGACAUCACAUACAGCAGUCCUUUUGUCCAAGAUGCUCACGAGGAAAACCCAGAGAGUAUCUUGGACGACCACGUCCAGCGGGUCAUGAAGACGCCCAUCUGCGAGUCUCCAGGAAUCGGGCGCCACUCCCCCAAGUCGCGCUCUCCAGAUGGUUUCUCAGGGGUGAGAGGGGUGGCACAGUCAGGUCAGGGGAAACAUUCAGCCAGACACGGUUUGAAAGGUGAGACGAGUCAUGCGUACCACCACAAACACGUGCCUCACAGUCACAUGACUGCAGUGGACCCUGAAGGGGCCAUGCGUACACACGGCAACCCCGCCUGGAACCUGGAGACAAGCUAUUACGGCUCAAAAUCUCGAAGCUAUGCAGAUGGCAUGACAUCUAACCCUGUGGACCACAUAGGCUACAGCAGCAAAACUGGCCCGCAGUGUAAAAGGGCAUUCAAGAGAGGCGAAGAGGCGAGAGCUUAUGAUGUGCCAUGGCCUGCGGAGGAAAUGGAGAAAAAACAAAAGAUCCUGUUGUGGCUGAUGGAGGGACAGAAAGAAAUGGCUCAACAAAAAAGAAGCCCACAUGGGAGUGUCAGUGGGUCCAAGAGGACUGCGAACCAUGAGGGAUCUCGCCUCGGCUCCUCAGACAGAUCAGGGUCCAUGCAUUCAUGCAGCAACGUGCAGCCGUUUCACCCUUUCAUCCAGGACCCUACUAUGCCUCCGAACCCGGCUCCCAGCCCCCUCAUCCAACUGGAGGAAGUUUGUCGACGGCUUGAAGAGGAAAAACUGAAGACUGGAUCUCUGCAACCCAAGCAGAGGUAUGUGAUGGAGGUGAUCCAAAGGGGUCGCGCAGCAGUCAGGCCUGCACCGGUCCCUCUGCUCAACGUGGUGCCCGCCGUUUCAGACAGCGAGCUCUCCGAGCCAGAACAUAAAGCCACUAAAAAGCAAUCCUGUGAGAAUAUUACUGUGGCCUACUACUUUUGCGAAGAGCUGAUACCGUACAGGACGUCUGUCAGAGGGAGGGUUGUCACAUUGGGCCAGUUCAAAGAACUUCUAACAAAGAAAGGAAACUACAGAUAUUAUUUCAAGAAGGUGAGCGAUGAGUUUGACUGUGGGGUGGUGUUCGAAGAGAUACGCGAGGAUGACGCCGUCUUGCCCAUCUUCAAGGAAAAGAUCAUCGGGAAAGUUGAAAAGGUUGACUGAUGUGAACGCCGAAGGGAAAAAAAGGUAAAGUUGAAGUGGAGAGCAGAAGCUGAAGGUGAAAAGGAAGUGAGAAACAGAGAUCAGAGGAAAAUGUGACAGCAGGUAUGGAUAAGAAGUGCUGAAGAGAAGACCUCAUCCACAUUUUUUGGAGUUCGAUGUAGCAUUGUAAAGUUUUCUAGAGAGAUAAAGAACAAAAGGACUCCUGAAGCUGCAUAUUUUUGAUAAGGAUUUAUGAGAGGAAGCCUUUCCUAAAGUAGCAGCACUUCCAAUUUUUUAAAUGUCCAGAUGCCAGAUAUGUACAGUUUGUGUUAAAAGGGUAAUCGCUUUUUUAAAAAUUAUUAUUAUUGUGUUUCAUCUACUUAAAAUGAAAUGGUUGAGUUUUAUUAAAAUGGUUCUCGGGUUAAAGGUGAUAGAAAAUCCUUUUCAAAGGAGACAUUUUUCUUGUCUUGAAUGUUUGUGAUCUUCUAAGUGCUUUUAUAUGUUAUCAGAACUUUAUUUUGAUAGGCUGCUUGUUUAUCCUCAUGUUCUGAAUACGUUCUCUCAGUUGAGGUUUUCUUAAUCUUACAGGUGGAAUCUUUUGGCACAGUUUGGAAGGUUUAAUGUCAUUUAAGAUAUUUAACGAACACUGAGAGUAAUUUAAUAUGAAAUGAAGCUAUUUAUUACAAGAAUAUCAGAACUGACGCAGAUGUGUAAAAUAUUUCUGGUGUUCCUGGUUUGGUGUACAUUGACUGGCAAUGUAGCUAACAUCAUUUUUUUUUUUUUUUUUGUCCAAUAGCAGCUCAAAGUAACAAAAGAAAUGUGAUGCAAUAAUUUCUAAACUAAAAAAAAUAAAAUAAAAAGAAAAAUUGGAAUCCAAAUGUGAAUCUAUGCAAAAUUAUCACAAAAAGUAUUUUCCCCUUGGCAUAUUUCUUCUAAUUUUUCCCAUUUGGUCACAUUCCUCCAGAUCAUUAAAUACAUUUUUAUAUCAAACACAACCACAGUAGAGACAAAAUAUUUUCAAAUUAUUUCUGUAAGAAACAAAAGCUCUCUAAACUAACAUGGCACCCUAUGUGUGGAAGCGUAAUUACCCUCCAAACAUUAUAAUUGGUUGUGUGACUCUUGCCAGCAAAAACUACCAUCAGUCUUUUAACUAGAAGAGAUUCUUUUAAAUAUGAUUUGAAUCUCUGAAUCUUUGAAUAUGUAGUUACUAUUGAAUGAUAUUUUAUGCUUAACCAUUUUACUGUUAAUGCCAUCUGUAAAACUAAAAAAACAGCUGUUUUACUGGAAGGUUUUAAGAAGAAAAUCUCUGACACUUUUGUUGUUUUCCUUCUUUUAUUUUUUUGCAUUUGACUUGCAGUCAGUAAUUGUCAUUAUGUCUCUUUUCCAAGAUUUCUUAAAUAAUGAACUCCAUCAUACACACUGUAUGUUGUUGCAGCAUUUCUUCUUUUGCAACUUUAAACCUUGAAUAACUCUGCAGUCUGUAAAUCAAUGAAUGCAGGUUGAUUCCUAACUGGAAGCCUUCUCUGUGUGCCUGGCAGGAGUAUUUUGAUCUAUAUGUGAUAAAUACAUUUUGCACCAAAGAAACAAAAAGAUAUCCUUCGGAACGACCCAUUUAAACGUCAUUUUACAUCAGCGCUUUAUAUCCCAAUUGUUCCUUUUUCGUAGUAGAAAACACACUGAAGACCUAACCUGUUUUUGUGAUGGAGAUUUUCUUAUAAAUAUCAGUAAUGGACUGAAGAAAUACUUGAUGAAGCUUGCAGAGUUACCGUUUUGGUUCUACUCGAUGAGUAAAAUGUCUGUCAUUUUAUGUAGCCUACCAUCUUGACCAUGGAAAGAGAAUGCUAAGGAUAUUUUCUGCACUGAAAUGGCACAAAAACUAAUACUAAUGAUUUGAUGUCAGCUAAGUUCGCAAAGACAAAAUGGGGAUUCAAGGCCACCACAUUUGUUUGUUUAUUUCUUAUCAUUGUGCGGGAAUCCAUAGUGAGAAAUGAGCCAUUGUAAGGAUGUGGAUUCUUAUAGCAAGCAAAAACACUGGCCAUGAAUGCUGACUAUGUGUUUUAUUGGAACACGGCAUGUUAUAUUUUUUCUUUGUUUUUAAAGAUGCUGCUUUUUACAUUACUAACUUAAAUCAAUUUAAUAUAUUUGUUGUUUAUUAGUGUCUAGCAAUUACCAGCUUGUUAAUUUAUGUGGUUUCAACAUCUUCUGUUUGAGUUAUCAUCCCUUUGAAACAAAGAAUCUGUUCUGUAUGAGCUCUUCUCCCAUUAAAUCAAUGUAAUGUAUACACUGAAUUACAGAGUGCCUUUAUUGCUAUGCUAAUGAUGUCUGCAGCCCAACUUGACACAGUUUUCUCCUUUGUUGACAUAUUUUUCAUGUGAAUCACUUUUUUUCAACCUAUUUAUGUAAAUAUGUAGAAUUUAAGCUGUUGGGAGUAGGCAGCUCAGCCUUCACAUUUACAGUCUUGGACCUGUUUUUUUUUUUUCUUGUUUUGUUUUGUUCACUAAUCAGCAUGGUGGCCAUUUUAAGGUACCAGAAUAAUAAAUUCAUGCA